AUGAGGAGCGGGCGCGGCGGCCGGCGGUGCCUGGGCGGGGAGCCGGGUGCGUGCGCCAUGAACCCCGAGCUGGCGAUGGAGCCGCUGGGCAGCCUGCACGGGGCGGCGGGGCACGAGCCGGAGCUGAUGGGCAGCCCCAGCCCUCACCACGGCGGGCGCAGCGCGGGGCCGCUCCGGGUGCCGCCCCCCCCGCCGCCGCCUCCGCCGCCGCCGCCGCCGCACCAGGAGCUGCCCCCCGCCGCCCGGCCCGCUAUGGUGCCCAGCAUGGCCUCGCUGCUGGACGGCGCCGCCGAGUACCGGCCCGAGCUCUCCAUCCCGCUGCACCACGCCAUGAGCGUGCCCUGCGAGGCCUCGCCGCCCGGCAUGGGCAUGAGCGGCACCUACACCACGCUGACGCCGCUCCAGCCCCUGCCGCCCAUCUCCGCCGUCUCCGACAAGUUCCACCACCCGCAUGCCCACCCGCACGCCCACCACCACCACCACCACCAGCGCCUGCCGGGCAGCGCCAGCGGCGGCUUCGCGCUCAUGCGGGACGAGCGCGGGCUGCCGGCCGUCAACAGCCUCUACGGGCCCUACAAGGAGGUGCCGGCCGUGGGGCAGAGCCUCUCGCCGCUGGGCAACGGGCUGGGCCCGCUCCCUGGCGCCCAGCAGGGCCUGCACGGCUACGGGCCGCCGGGCCACGACAAGAUGCUGAGCCCCAACUUCGAGGCGCACGCGGCGAUGCUGGCGCGGGGGGAGCAGCACCUGCCCCGGGGGCUGGGGACGCCCCCGGCCAUGCUGCCGCCCCUGAACGGCGCGCACCACCCCGCGCCCCCCGGGCCGCCGCCGCCGCACGGCCCCGCGCUGCCCGCCGGCCGGGAGCGGCCGUCCCCCGCCGCCGGCCCGCAGGGGAGCGGCGCGGGGCAGCUGGAGGAGAUCAACACCAAGGAGGUGGCACAAAGGAUCACGGCGGAGCUGAAGCGCUACAGCAUCCCGCAGGCCAUCUUCGCCCAACGAGUGCUGUGCCGCUCCCAGGGGACCCUCUCGGACUUGCUGCGGAACCCCAAGCCUUGGAGUAAACUCAAGUCCGGCCGGGAGACGUUCCGCAGGAUGUGGAAGUGGCUGCAGGAGCCGGAGUUCCAGAGGAUGUCUGCCCUGCGGCUGGCAGCCUGCAAACGCAAAGAGCAAGAGCCCACCAAAGAGCGGAACAACUCCCAGAAGAAAUCGCGGCUGGUGUUCACGGACCUGCAGCGCCGAACGCUCUUCGCCAUCUUCAAGGAGAACAAGCGUCCCUCCAAGGAAAUGCAGAUCACCAUCUCGCAGCAGCUGGGCCUGGAGCUCACCACCGUCAGCAACUUCUUCAUGAACGCGCGCCGGCGCAGCCUGGAGAAGUGGCAGGACGACCUGAGCUCCGGGGGCUCCUCCUCGGCCCCCAGCACCUGCAGCAAGGCGUGAGGGGCACGGCUGGCACGGCACGGCACGGCUGGCACGGCUCGCACGGCUGGCACGGCUGGCACGGCACGGCACAGCGCAGAGAGCGGCUCCCGGCACGGCUCCUCGCCCGUGACCUAAAGCACAAUCCCCCCAGAACCACCCCAGCCCGGCUGUCCCCAGGACGUCCCCACGGCUUCUCGGCAGGCUCCACGGUCACCUCUCUCCACACAAUCCUAAGCUCAGGACAGGCGAAGCAGCUCUGAAACGGAGGGGAUCCUUCUCGGUGCGGGUUUCUCCUGAGCCCCGGGUUUCUGUGGCCACCCUGGGGCCACGCGACAACAGCACAAAGUCGGAUACUAAAAACCCUCUCUUUAAACUCAGGCAUGGUUUUGUUAAGUGUUUUAGGGGAAAAAAACCAGGUUUAAGUUUGGUUUUUGUUUGUUUUUUUAGUUUAUUUGGAUCAGCUUGUUCUUGGAUCAGAAAAGUUCAGUUCUCUUGAGCUCAAAGUAUCAAGCACAAAGCUGGUAGCCACAGCCAUGGUCCGUGGGCUGCUGUGCCAGCUGCAGCCUGACACCCCGGGAACACCAUGGACACGGCACGAGCCUCAAGCACAGCUGGCAGCUCCUCACAAGCUCUGUGUUUGUACCUAAGGCACACUCAGGAGAUCGAGGGAACCGCUGCAGUUCGUGGAGCAAACACAACGUUUUGGAAGAUUAGAUUAAUUUACAUUAUUAUAUCCUCUUUAGUUUCUGGCAAUCUGGUUUCUCCUCAGCAACGGCUGUUAGCGUUCAGUAUUUUUGUUCAUUUUCUCAGUAUUUUCUGGUACUUUCAAGCAGGAAAAGAAACAGAAACAAGCCCUUGAGAUGCCACCGACCGUUUCAGACGUGCCGCGUUUCGCUCUAUCGCAUCCCUAAGUUCCUUCUCCCCGCCAGCUGCCCGCGCCGGCGGGAACACAGCACACCAAAGAGACAGCAUUUCUGCAAGCCAAAGAUGUUUGUACCUUGCCAUUUCUCUCAGUCACGGCUGGUGCGGGUGGUUGGCCACGCUGGGGGAGCCUGGCGAGCUCCAAGCCUGCGUCCAGCCCCGGAGCCGCCCUGGCGGCGGCGGCGCGGCCGCUGGCUGGGACCGGCCCGGCGCGGCCGUGCUCUGCUACAGACACUUGAGACUUUUUUAUGUACUCCUUAAUCGAAACCAAAGAAACGUUUUCUGCACCUACUUCUUCUGCAACAAACUGUUCCAUUGAAAGAUAAAAUAAAAACUAAAAAUAAAAAAAAAAACCAAAAAAACAAGGAAGCAUGUCAGGAAGCAAACGAGUCCCACACUGUGUUCUACAGACAACUCGGACGUUUUCGGAAGCAGAUCUCAAAGAAAGGGUUGACAAGAAUGAGAACAAAGCAAAGCCAGUACAAUUGCUGCUUCAUUUGACAACUCAAGUCAUCUUAAAGUUGAAGAUUGUCUUUAAUUUGUGCCUAUGCAGUUUUUUCAAAAGAACAAGGAACAGAGCAACCAAAACCUCAACAGCUACAAUACCAAAGAUGAGGAUUCUCCCUACUUGUGUUUCAGUUUGUUUCUCCUCUUGCACGACUAAUGCACAUUUAGCCCCACUGCUCUCUGGACAGGUAACCACUCGUGAGUCUUUGUGCAACCAGAAGGGUGGGUUUGUUGAUGUUUGCCCUGUUUCUGCCCCACACAGCAUCUCUCCAAGAGCUGCAUGGACUCCCAGUGCAGGAUGUUGGGAUGCUGCUGCUGCAUCUCCUCCCUGCAGGGAACACUUGUGGCUUGGCUGUGACUUGUGUGUUGGUGUCUGGAGCUGUGAACAGCCCCCCUCCCGUGCUCCACCCUUCCUUCUCUUCCCCAGGGAUAAAACUUGCAAUAUGUGUGUUCCCAUCCGUGUCACUGUGAGUGCUGAGCAGCGCCACAGCCCGGCUCCAGAGCUCCACCUGACCCAAACCCAAGUGUUGAGCAGUUUGUGAGGCAGUUCAGGAGCUGCUUCUGACAUAUUAGCUGUGUAGUGUUGUUUGAGCCAGGUCAUGAUGAUCCAGAUCAUGACAUGUCCAAAUUUAUCCUCAGAGCCAGAGCACAUCUUGCUCCUCUCUGCCUUUAAACAAGGGCUUCAUUUGAGCUGCUUCACAGAACUGCUGCACUUUCCAAUGACUGCACUUAAAAUAGAAAAAAUAAAAUAAAAAUCAAGAGGCGUCAUCUGCUCAGGACAGGAAAGGUUUCUGGAAGCAAAUCCAGGAUCCUCACAGCUGAACUGACAGCAUGUGCCUGCUCUGGGAAUCAAAGGAUCCUUUGGCAGAGAUUUCCAAAGAGAUUUGGAGAAUCCUUUUAGCCAGACAUGAAAUAAAGUCUCCCAAUCUGGCUGAUGUGUUCUGAGGGCUCUCCCCCAAAUGCCAGAUAUCUGAGUGUGGAGUUUGGAGCCAGCAGGCAGUGGAGCAGGGCCCAGCUGAGGUGAUGUGCUCACACUGAAUUUCACUUCCAUCACAGCAGCUCCUGGUGCAUUCAGAGCUCAGCAUUCCCCCCGUGCUGGAAGUGUCCCCCUGCAGAGUGCAGUGGCAGGGGGUGGCACAGGAGCAGUGGAAACCCCAGUGCUCAUGGCUCAGCUCCCCUUCCAGCAGUGGGAGUGCCUUGUGUCCCCCAGGGAAUGAGCCCCUGGGGAUGUGCUUGGCUGUGGGAGCCUCACCCAGGCUCCUGUCACCUGAGGGACAUGCAGUUGCCACAGCUCUGCCUCCCACCUUCCCCAGGGGCAGGGGCAGCUGCCCUCAGCUUCUGGGGAGGCCUGGGAGCACACCUGGGCCUUUUGUCCCACCCAGAGCUCAUCCAAUAGUCCCAGCAAAGGGAGUUUAGAUCAGGUACUGAAUGGCUUACAGACUUCUCCUCAGUGAAAUUCUCUCCAAUUGUGGAAGUGUUUGUUAGGCAGCCUUAUGGAGUAGCAACACUCUGGGCUGGGGCCUCAGCUCUAUCAACAGUCACAACCCAUUUCCAGCCAGACAUAAAAUCCUGCUGCAUUUUUUAUCCCUGCAUCUCCCAUGGCCCUGUGUGACGUCUUCCAUGUCACUGUCCACUCUCUCUUACGUAGCAGCUCCCUGAGAGAGGAGCCAGAGGCUGUGGUGGAGAUGUUUGUCUGUGUGACAGAGUCUGUGCUGUGCUCUGCCCACACCACCCCACCCCAAACCCUCGUGUUCCAUCGCUAGGCCACGUGCUGAUCAAUCUCUAGAGCUGUGUCGUGUAACCUGUUUAUUUAUUGUGCUGAGAAAGACUGGUGUGUGCAGAGAGUAUCCCAGCAUCUUCUGGACCAGGAACUUGGAGUCACAACCUUGGGCACAGCCAAGAUGAAUUCAGCUUUGGAGAAGCCUUGGAUCUUGCUGGGUCUCCCGUGCAGGAACAGAGAAUGUGCUCGCUGACUUCGGUUGCAAAGCUUUAUUGUGGAUCUCUCUUAGCUACAGCUGAAUCCAAAGACCUGCAAAGGACAGCCCUGGGGGAGGGAAGGGCUCUCCCCUCUCCUCUCUCCUCUCCUCUCUCCUGUCCCCAAGGAGGGAACCACACAGAGAGUGCUGGCUUCGGACACGGCCAAUGCUUCCCUUGCUUGUCACCACUCCUGAGGAUUUUUAUCAUAUGGGGAAACUUUCUACUUGGCCUCCUUUAUAUUUAUUAUGGGGAAUUUUUAUUGUUUAAGAUUUUUUAAGAAGGCAAAGCUUAAAAUGGUUUUAUUUUUUUUUUCCAGACACUUGUGGGUUUUAACCCGAUAUAUUAUCUAUCGAUAAUGUAAUUUAUUUAAUUUAGUCUUAGGGCAGGUCCUGAGAUCUCUGUUCAGUCUGAAUCCCACUGUGUUUCUGUUUAGCUUCUGAAUUCAGUGAGAGUUUUGCCUGAAUGUAGCUGGGGGGUCAGGCUCUGAUGUUAGCUGUUUGUAUCUGUUUAAUCCAGCCAUUUGUGAAUUCUUUGGGGAGUCAUUUUGCCUGUUUAUCCACGGGGCUGUUGUAGCGAAGCCUCGUAACAAAAACCCUUCAGAACUGCUAUUGCUCUGUAGAGCAGCCAGGUUCUGUCAGACAGGGAGCAGCAGCUCCUUCCAUAAACACAGGUCUGCUUUGAAUUCCUUCCUUUCUUUAAUUUUAUUGUUUAAAUACCAGAGUUUAAAUUAUUUAAGUUAGUCUCUUCUCUCCUGCUUAGAAAGUGUGACAUACCUUUAUUAUGGCACAUGAAGCCUUCAUAAUAUAACUUAUUUAUUUAACUUAUUCAUCAGCACCCAGGGAUGCCCUUGUAGAGUUUUUAUUUUUUAUUUAGAAUUAUCUAUAAAGCACUACAGCUGAUUUCCUCUAAGAACAGCAGAGCGAACUUUGAGGACAAGCAAUGAAUAUUCAACCUAAAACUGUGCGUUCAGAAAAAUAGGAAAAAAAAAAAAAGACACUGGGAUACUUUGCCUGAACUUUGUGGCUUCUUAAAACUUAAGCUGGGGGGAAAAUAAUUCAUGUCAAGCAAAAAGAGAGAAACCCUUAAACCUAGCUGCUUCCAAGAAUGAACUUCUGUGUGUGGAAAAAAAAAAAAAAGAGAAAAAGGAAAAAAAAAAGGAAAAAAGAAAAAAAACCAGAAAAAACCUUUCUAUUUCUAGUGAGAACCAAAGAGGCUACCUCACUGACUUUUCCAUUUGUAAUUUUAAUCGUGUUGAUGAUACCAAAGAUACCAAAGAUUUCUUUCUCUGUGCGGUCUGCAUCCUGCUUGUGCUCUCUGCUAACUCCCCCUGUUCUCUCCUACGCCCAGAAACGUCCAGCAGAGCCCACAUUCCCAAAGAAACGCUGCCCUGGAAGCUGCCAGUUCUGGUGCUGCCCUUUUCUGUGUUCCUUUCUCCUUGCUGCCAGCCCAAAGCCACCGGACACGCGGAGCUGCUUCACUGCAGGUCCUGCCUGCAGCGCUUGUGUGAGCUGGGGGUGGCUGCGGGGGUUUUCCAGCUGCAGGUUCCCUGGGGAAAGGCUCUGCAGCUGCUGCCUGCCGAGCUGUGGGCUGUGUUUGCAGCAAUUAGCGCUGCUAAUGAUGAUUGUUCUCGUGCUCGAGCAGAGCCCAGGGCUGCUCUGGGGUUCCGCUGCCCGUGCCCCCCUGGCAGCCUCGCACAGAGCCAGGAGCUGCUCCCUCUCCUCACCUUGGGUUGUUGUUUACAAGUACAGUUUGCAGAUAAAAAUCAAUUAAUUACUUUUCUCAAGUUAGCAAUGAAGUGAGCUACAUUAAGCUCCAUUAGCAUCACGUUCCUGAGUGAUUACUUCCAAGUUGUUUGCUUGUUUGGUUGGGGAAUUAGCGGUGCCCUUUGGCACCGGGGUUUGGAGCCUGUUUCACGCUGUUCAGAGGCUGCAGGGAUGCUCUGAGGAGCUGAAUCCCCCCUGGGCACUGCCCCAGCCCAGGCCUUUCCCCGAGGAACCUGCCUGAGCCCUGCCCUGGAUUCAGAGGCUGAGCCAGCCGGACACAAACGCUGCGCUUCCAUUCAGUGUUGCCUUUGAUUUGGUAUUUCUUUGGGGGUUGAAGCCUGUGUGGGAAAUGGCAGGACUCGACAAGUGUGCUUUUCUCUGUGUCUCUGUGUUCCUUCACUCCAAAGCUAUAAUGAUUCUCAGGAUGCCUUCUGGGCGGGGGGAGCCCAUUGUCCCUGUGCCCUCGGACACAGACAGUCCCCAGAGCUGGCAGGGUCCCCCCGACUCCUGCUUCACUUGCAAAGAGUGAUGUUACCACGGGACGAGUGCCUUGCUUGAACCAAAGCAACGAUUUUGCCAGUCUAGACCUCUCUGUGCUUUUUUUUAUUCUUCCUGUGAAUACCUCAGCUUCGACUGGGCCGCCGAAUCGUACCUGGUGGGCUUUUGUACUGUGGUGCUUUGCAAAGCAGCCCUGCAAAGAACAGACUCCUGAUAAUACCAAAGGCUCUCCUCCUCCUCCUCCCCCUGCUCCUGAUCUCUCUUUCUCCAUGGUUCCAAAGCUUUAUUACGAACUGGGCAUGUUGGCAACGCAGACCGUGCAAUCCCUUACCGAAUUUUCUCAGAUAUACCUCAUAGAGAAUAGCUGGUUAGCGUAAUGUUAUAUAGCGUAUGUACGAAAUUAUUCACUGUUUCUUUUUGGUAACUGUGAUUGAAAAGAAAAAAAAAAAACCCAAAAAACAGAAGAAGCUUUCUAUGUUUUAGGUUGUGCUUUUGUACUAGACAGAGAAGGUGCGCUUAACAAGGUACGUCAGUCUUUCUUCCCAUCGGGUUUUUUUGUUAUUAUGGAUCGGGGAAAAGUUGCAGAAUGAGCCCAAAGUUUACAGUUUCAUAUUUUGCUGAAGAAACAAUCUGUGUUCAUUUGCUCUGUUGGAAAAAAAAAAAAAAGAAAAAAAAGAAAAAAAAAAAAAGAAAAAAAAAAGAGGAAAAAAAAAUUAUUUUCUACAUUUGUGCUACUUGGUCUGACGAGCUGAUUGUCCUGUGUGACGGUGUAGUAUUAUAAUUAGCAACUGCCAAUCAGCGCUCCCAUGUUUAUGCAUGAGGCAAACCCUUAGCAGUGUGAUGCAUCGUGGUUCUUAAUGGCAACUUCUUCCUUGGGGUUUGGGACGAGCUCUUUGGGUUGAUGGUUUAUUUAUGCAUGGAGCCUGUUAGCUGUUCGCAGUCGUGGCGCAGUUGUGUUUGCAUUGCCGCUGUGAAACGCCGCCCCGUGAGCUCAGCGCUGCUCAGGGCGGCUGUGCAGGCCAGCUCCGGUCUGUCCCUGCGUCACACACACCCAAAUUCGAUUGCAGUGACAUUGCCAUUGGAGCAGCAGUGUGGAGCAGCGGUUUGGCCCAGCUUCUCCGCACCGUUCGCUCCCUUCGGUCCCGCGGCAGGGCACGGAGCUGCUGUGCCAGGAGCAGGAGCUGCCCUGGCUUCAUGGCAGCCCCUGGGCACAGGGCAGGUGCUCAGGGACAGCCCUCACAGGACACACAGCCCAGGGCAUUGCUGUCCCAGGUGUCACUGUCACCUGUCCAUCCCAACCCUACUGGCCUGACAGUCCAUCCCAGCACUGCUGGCCUGGUAUCCAUCCCAGCCCUUGCACUGUCACCUGUCCAUCCCAGCCCUGCUGGCCUGGUGUCCAUCCCAGCCCUUGCACUGUCAUCUGUCCAUCCCAGCCCUGCUGGCCUGGUGUCCAUCCCAGCCCUUGCACUGUCACCUGUUCAUCCCGGCCCUGUUACCUUCACCUGUCCAUCCCAGCCCUGUCACCUGUCCAUCCCAGCGCUGCUGGCCUGGUGUCCAUCCCAGCCCUAUCACUGUCACCUGUCCAUCCCAGCUGUGUCCUGUGCUGCCCUGAGCCUGGCAGCCCCUUGCCCCCCUGCCCUGGGCCAGGUUUGUAGCAGUGCUUUAUCCCCUUUGAUUUGUGCCCACACUCACACUGAGCCCCCUUUCAGAAUGGGUUGUGUUUUCUCUCCAGGCCCAGCUCUGGAGCCCCCUGGUCCCGGGCUGUACUGGACACAAACCAAACCAACUGCUCUAUACCCUUCACUCUGCAGGGAAGAGGAGGCCUGGGGAGGAGGGGCAGUCUCAGCCUCCUGAGGAGGCCUCUGGGUGCCAGCAGCAGAGUGUGGGUAUGGUCUGUCAGUAAGGGUUUAUUAGAGAUGUGCUCUCAUUAGUGCAAGGAGACGUUUUCGUUUGGCCUUACUCGGUAGGUUGUGGUAAUAACGAAAGCUGUGUCACGUAGUCGGGUUCUUUUCUUUCCUGAUUCCUCUGCCAAAGACAUGAGACACAAGAGCUCCGAGUGGGGUUUUUGUGAGACAGUUGAUGAUUGUAACAGUGGUUCAUCUUGCAGAAAGCUUUCCACGCCCUUGCGCAAUAAAGAGCCGGGAUGUUGGGCGGUGCCAGCGCUCCUCACCGACACGCGCUUGUUGUAACCGGGCCGAGUUCACCUGCAUCCUCACCCAGAGGUACAAGGGGUAUGUGAGGCCAUGGCAAGGGCACAGCGGGGCUGCCACCCUGCUCCAGCUGCCUGCAACUUGCCAAGGUACUCGGGUUAUGAAAUUUAAGGUCUAUUUUAUUAUGUCAUUUUAUGUCCUUUUUUAACUUUGUGGAAGGUGGUACGUUGAACUGAGUGUAAGCUGAGUUUUUCAGACAAAUAAAGUAGCUAAAGAGUGAAUGUUAUUUUAUCAUUAAAGGGUUUUUACUCACUGAUUUGUGCCAAUAGAUGUCCUUUAUCUCAAUGACAAGUAUUACAUUGCUUUCAAAGUUUUAUUUAUAGCUAUUGAUGUAAAGCCCCCCCCCACAUAUUAUUUGCCAAAGUUCAAUAAAGGAGGAAAACGA